AUGGCGUCCGUAGCUUUACUAGGAGCCGUUUCCACGUGCGGAGUCGCCCCCGUUUCACGAGACGGCGCCUCGAUUCCAUCGCCGCGCUUCCCCCGUACAUCUGCUCGCAUCGUCAGCUUAACAGCUCGUGCGGUCAGCGUGGGAGCAGAGGCGACCAAUAGCAGCAGCGCCGGUAAUGUCGCCAGCUCAGCAGAGGCGCCGGUGUUGCUGACGUGUCGGCAGUGCAAGCAGCCGUUCGACCCCGCCCAGAACCACCCUACCGCCUGCUCCUUCCACCCCGCACACUACGGAGGCGAAGUUAAACGGAAAUGGAAGUCGUUCUCGUACCACAAGGUGGGAAAGGAGUUCCUGUACCACUCAGAGGAGACAAGGGCGGAGUGGGGAGAGGUGGAGAACUUUUGGGACUGCUGCGGCCGCAACGACCCCAUGGACCCCGGCUGCACUAAGGGGCCUCACCAAUCGUACGAUGAUGCGUGA